AUGCACAAUGAAAAUACACCUUUGUUCCAGCACGAUAGAAGAUUGAGUCAUGUCUCCGAAGUUGACGAAAAUGAAAUUGUGUCUUAUGUUCGACAAAAGAGACGUUCAAUUGCCUCGGCCAAAAAUGAUAUGCCUCGAUUAAGCAAUAGUUUGCAUCAUGAAGCGAUGUCGCCGCUGAGUUUACCUCAUGAAAGUCACGAAGAUUUUGGGUCAUUGAGUCCGCAGGUUUCACAUUCAACUGUACUAUCUCAAACAAUAAGCGAAAUUUUGCUCCAACAUGGCAGCGAUAUUGGCCCAGAACCCAAGACUACAUUGUUGAGGGAGACGAGGCUUUUGCUCAAGUUUGCUGUUCCCAUAGUCAUUACGUUUUUGCUUCAAUACUCUCUCACCGUUGCAUCAGUAUUAUCUGUGGGAAGAUUAGGGUCAACUGAGUUGGCAGCGGUCAGCCUCAGUUCCAUGACAGCUAAUAUCAGUGGAUAUGCCAUUAUUCAGGGUGUUUCAACUUGCCUCGAUACAUUAUGUGCUCAAGCGUAUGGCAAAAGAGAAUUAAACCAGGUAGGUGUUGCAUUUAUAAGAUGCAAUUAUUUAUUAUUGUUGUGCUGUAUCCCAAUAAUCUUGAUUUGGACCAAUUCGGGCCCCAUUUUGAAGUUGAUCAUUAAAAAUCAGCCGGAUUUGUGUGAACUAGCAUCAGAUUACCUUAAAAUACUAUCACUUGGAUUACCAGGAUUUAUUUUAUUUGAAAAUGCCAAACACUUUCUUCAGUGCCAGGGUAUAUUCCACGCAUCAACCUAUAUAUUAGCUGUUUGUGCUCCUGUAAACGCAAUUCUAAACUAUGUGUUAGUUUGGGAUAAAACGCUUGGAAUCGGUUUCAUCGGUGCACCAACUUCGGUGGUGAUUACAAACUGGCUCAUGUGUGGGUUAUUAUAUGGAUAUAUUUUCUUUGUUGACGGGUACCAGUGCUGGCCCAAACAGAGUUUGUUCGACAAGGUGUUCUUUAGUAAUUGGCAUAGGAUGAUUAGACUAUCGAUUCCAGGAGUGUUGAUGGUGGAAGCCGAAUGGCUAGCAUUUGAAAUUAUCACAUUCCAAGCCGCCAAAUUAGGCACAACUGUAUUGGCUGCACAGUCUAUAGUGAGCACGACAUUGGUAGUGCUUUACCAGAUCCCUUUUGGAAUGAGCGUCGUGUGCUCAACGAGAAUUGCGUGGUAUAUUGGAGCUGCUUCUGGAUAUGCAGCUAAAUUAGCAACAAAGGCAGCGAUUUACACGUCAAUUGUUUUUGGUUUCGUCAACUGUGCAAUUUUGGUUACAUUUAGACACUCAUUAGCGAAGCUUUACACGAAGGACCAAGAUGUGAUAGAAGCGGCUACAAAAGUGCUCAUUGUCGGCGCAGCUUACCAAAUUAGCGAUUUCAUAUCCUGCUCAACAGGCGGUGUCUUACGAGGUCAAGGCCGACAGUAUAUUGGCGGUAUAUUGAACUUGAUUGGCUACUAUUUAAUUGCCUUACCCUGUGCUUACUAUUUUGCUUUUGCUUGCCAUUUGGAAUUGGUUGGGUUAUGGUACGGGAUGAUUAUUGCAUUGUUAGUAGUAAGUUUCUCGCAGUUGUACUUUACUGUGACAAGCAACUGGGACAAGAUAAUUGAAGAAUGUGUUAGCGAAGGAGUAGCCGAUGAAGGAAAUGUGACGAUUGAUGCACAUUCGUUGUUGCCUAGUAUGAGCUCUAGUGUUGUUUAA